UAUGUUUAUCUCGUCAGAUGAAUUCUGUCCUUCGCUGUCAGUUCAGCUCCGUCUGCUGCGCGCAGCUCUCAGUGCGCAUGCGCGUUAUCCUUUUGAUUUCUUAAUAUUUAAUAUCAAUGGGUGACGCUGAUUUCUAAAGCAUCUCCUAUAAUUACGAAGAAAGCUUCGGCACGUUUCCCGAACGGCGAGGUGGACGUCGAUCUCUUGUGUUUUAUUCGACGAGCUUCGAUCAGAAUCAGUCAGAAUUCAUGCGAAGCACCAAAAUGGGACAAAAAUGUCACAUUUAACCCUUUCCUCUCCAGCGUCGACAUUAACGCGAGAAGAUGAUGCGUCAGGGGCCCGGGGCCGGCAGUGAUUUCUGUGUGGACAGCAGGCCGUCGUGUUUAGCCGAGGACGGGAGACUCUCGCCGAGUCACUUUGAUUUGUGCCCCACCAAGUUCUAUCAGUCUUCUCCUCCUCAGCGUCCCCGGCAGAUGUGCUUCGCUUACCUGCCUCCUCCGGCCGUCCUCAAGCCCACGCCGUGCCGCGAGGAGCCGCCGAUGUCCCCGGGGCCCGCCUCCGCCCAGGCCAGCGACAAGAGCGGCAGCUCCAAGAAGAAGAGCGCGUCCGGGAGGUCUGGGAAACGCGGGCGUCCGGCGGGCACCACCAAAUCAGCCGGAUACAGAACCAGCACAGGCAGACCUCUGGGCACCACCAGGGCCGCCGGCUUCAAGACCAGUCCGGGCCGGCCCCUGGGGACCACCAAAGCCGCGGGGUAUAAAGUGAGUCCGGGUCGCCCGCCGGGGAGCAUCAAGAGCCAGUCGCGUCUGAGCAAACUGAGCUACAGCGCCUGCAGCGGAGCGGCGUUUCCAUACAGCGUCAUGCACAAACCUGGAGCCUGCGACGCCGCCCUGAAAGAGGAGACUUCCACAGAAACCCCAAAAAUGCUGUUUCAAGCGCCGCCGUUCCUCCUCAGCAGCUUCCCCGUACGAAACCAAAAAACCCCUCCGCCGCUCAGCGUCAUGCCGUCGGAGGCCUUCUCCGCGGCCAGCGUGUGUCCAGACGGCGGUCAGUCGAGAAACGCUCUGCCGGUACCCAUCCACAGCGCUCUGCCAUCAUACUCCUGAACUCGUCCGUCUCUCACACACACACACACACACACACGCACUGGACUCUGCUGACCGUGUCUCCCUCCUCUGAAGCUGUAAAUACGUGUCCGGCGCUCUGUGGUCACUCUGAAUGUCCAUUGCAUGUCAUGUUGGGUCGUCCGUGGGCUCGUUUCUUAAGCUUGAUUCACAUCGUGACACAAUAACGAGUGCAAUAGUUCCACUGAAGCGUGUUUCUCUCAUUCCAGCACUCCACCAAAGAACUCCAGCAGCUCUAAAGCGUGUGUGUGGUCAGGGGCCCGUGACGGGGGACACACGUCGGUCACCACACAUCUUGUAAUAGUUCCUUUUGUAUCGUAUUUAUUACUCUGAUUCUGAUGAUUAUUGUUGGUGUGGGAAUGCUGUCAGCAUCUUGUGAACAAGUGAUGUAAAAAUCUUCUUAUGGUUUAAUAUCACGACGACUGAGAUGAGUAGUGCGUAGCCUGUUAGUAGCAUCGCGUGCCGUUAAGAGCAGGUUUAUGUUCAAUAUUUGUUACAUUCAUAUAAUCGGUGACGUAGGCUUUUAUUUUUUCCUUGUUUACUUUGUAAUACAGUUACAAUAUGACGAAAUACAUGUUUGUGUAUGUUUUAUUAAAAUCUAACUACAUGAA